AACUAAGCUCAAAUUAACUAACAAAAUGGGUAAAGAUCACUUCACCAAACAACACAAGAGAUCUGGUCACAGAGAAGCUCCAAAGUCUGACAACGUCUACUUGAAGUUGUUGGUCAAGUUAUACACCUUCUUGGCUCGUCGUACUGAUGCUGCAUUCAACAAGGUUAUCUUGAGACUGUUGUUUUUGUCCAAGAUCAACAGACCACCAGUUUCUGUUUCUAGAAUCGCCAAGGCUUUGAAGCAAACCGGUGCUGCUGAAAAGACCAUUGUUGUUGUCGGUACCGUUACCGAUGACAACAGAUUGGUCGACUUCCCAAAAGCCACCAUUGCUGCUUUGAGAUUCACCCAAUCCGCUAAGGCUUCUAUCUUGAAGGCCGGAGGUGAAGCCAUCACUUUGGAUCAAUUGGCUUUGAGAGCUCCAAAGGGUCAAAACACUUUGAUCUUGAGAGGUCCAAGAAACGCCAGAGAAGCCGUUAGACAUUUCGGUAUGGGUCCUCACAAGAACAAGGCUCCUAAGGUUCAAUCCAAGGGAAGAAAGUUCGAAAGAGCCAGAGGUAAAAGAAGAUCUAGAGGUUUCAAGGUCUAAGCAAGGUAAUCUAAUUUAUAUAGUACAAGAUAUCAUUAAUUUACGAUGUAAAAUAG